GGAGGAGGAGGAGGAGGGGGGGGGGUUCGCUCGUAUUCUGCCUCCCGAGGAAUUCUCCAGCAGCGGGACGUUGAACGUUUUUCCUCCAGAUAUGGAGCGUGAAGAUGCGGACCACACGGGGGUCCCCGCCGCCGGUUUCACCGCAUUGGUUUCAUUGUACACACCGGUGCGGCGUUGUUUCGGGCGCGAAUAAAACCGAACAAUGAAUACGUAUCUUCUCGCCAGAGGAAUACAUCUGUGAUUGUUUUUUGUUUGGACUCGAGGAAGCUCUCGGGCUAGCCUGUCCGUACGCGCUAUUAGCUCCAUUAGCCGGCUAACGGCUACAAAGGUACUGGCUGGAGAUUUAAACGAUACCAAACAAAAUCUUUUUAAUAAUUGUGAGCAGGUUGUGCCCACGUCUCCUGCCCCCUCGACAUACUUAUUCGCAGGGUUUGGGAGGAUUUACUCGUCCAGGAAUGAGGUCUCAAACGGAAAGGAGCCGCUUGACCUUGUUUUGGGUUCUGAUGCUGGGUCUGUCGUCCUGCCUCCGGCCCGCCACCGCAGAGAUCUGCGGUCCCAGCAUCCACAUCGGGAAUGACAUCAGCGAGUUCCGGCGUCUGGAGAACUGCACGGUGGUGGAGGGCUACCUGCGGAUCCUCCUCAUCGGCGACAAGAACAACAACAACGUCCACCAGGACGUCUUCCGGUCGCUCAGCUUCCCCAAGCUGACCAUGAUCACCGGCUACCUGCUGCUGUUCCGAGUGUCCGGCCUGGACAGCCUGAGCACGCUCUUCCCAAACCUCGCCGUCAUACGCGGACGAAGCCUCUUCUACAACUACGCUCUCGUGAUCUUCGAGAUGACCAGCCUGAAGGACAUCGGCCUGUAUAACCUGAGGAACAUCACCCGCGGCGCCAUCCGCAUCGAGAAGAACCCCGAACUCUGCUACCUGGACUCCAUCGACUGGUCGCUCAUCCUGGACGCCGAGUUCAACAAUUACAUUGCCGGGAACAAGCAGUCCAAGGAGUGCAGCGACGUCUGCCCGGGCAUCAUGGAGAACAACCCCCAGUGCAGGAAGACCAUGUUCAACAACAACUACAACUACCGCUGCUGGAAUUCCAAUCACUGCCAGAAAGAGUGUCCGGAGAAAUGUGCGCGCCAAGCGUGCACGGCGGAAGGCGAGUGCUGCCACCCUCAGUGUCUGGGCAGUUGCACGGCCCCCGAGAGCGACACGGCGUGCGCGGCGUGCGCGCAUUACUACCACCAGGGGCGCUGCGUGGCCGACUGCCCUCGCGACACCUACAAGUUCGAGGGCUGGCGGUGUGUCAGCAAAGAGCUCUGCUCCAAAGUUCACCUGCCCGACUUCAACAGCUUCAUCAUCCACGGCGGAGAGUGCAUGUCGGAAUGCCCGCACGGGUACAUGCAGACCGCACCCAACAGUAUGUUCUGUAAAGCCUGCGAUGGUCUGUGCGAUAAAGUCUGUGAGGAGAAGGUCAUCGACUCCGUGGAUGCCGCUCAGUCUCUCAAAGGCUGCACUGUUAUCAAAGGCAACCUGCACAUCAACAUCCGCCGAGGCCACAACAUUGUGGCGGAGCUGGAGAGUUUCACAGGUCUGAUCCAGAGGGUGACCGGUAACGUGCGGAUCCGACACUCCCACACUCUGAGCUCGCUGGCCUUCCUCCGCAACCUCCGACACAUCGAUGGAGACAACCUUCUGGACGACAUGUACGCCUUCUUGGCAGUUGACAACCAGCAGCUCCAGUAUCUUUGGGACUGGAAGCAGCACAACCUCACCAUCAAGGCGGGAAAGAUGUUCUUCAGGGCCAACCCAAAGCUCUGCAUGUCCGAGAUCCGCAAGAUGUGGGAGAAGACGGGCAUCCAGGGCCGCUUCGAUGAGAGCGAUUUCCGGAACAACGGCGACCGGGCCAGCUGUGAAAGCACGAUCCUGACGUUCAAGUCCAACAGCACCAGCAGUACAAGGAUCAAACUGACCUGGCAGCGCUACCGGCCCCCCGACUACAGAGACCUCAUCAGCUUUAUUGUCUACUACAAGGAGGCGCCAUUCCAGAACAUCACAGAGUUCGAGGGGCAGGACGGCUGCGGCUCCAACAGCUGGAACAUGGUGGAUGUGGAGCUGCGGCUGGACAAGGACUCUGACCCCGGAGUUCUGCUGUCCAACCUGAAGCCCUGGACGCAGUACGCCGUGUUCGUCAAGGCCAUCACACUCAUGGUGGAGGACAAACAUUUGCCGAGUGCCAAGAGCAAGGUGGUCUACAUCCGCACCAGCCCUUCAGCGCCCUCCAUGCCUCAGGAGGUGCGAGCGUACUCAAACUCCACUACGCAGCUGGUGGUGCGCUGGUCGCCGCCCAUCUCGCCAAACGGGAACCAGACUUACUACCUGGUGAGGUGGCAGCAACAAGCCGAAGACCGAGAGCUGUACCAGCACAACUACUGCUCCAAGGAGCUGAAGAUCCCCAUUAGGAUCGCCGCCAUAGGCGUGGGAGACCAGGAGGAGGACACCAAGCCCACUAAGCCUGAUCACGACGGGCCGGACAAAGGCCCCUGCUGCUCCUGCCCCAAAUCAGUCGAGGACCUGGAGGCCGAAGCUGCCGACGCCUCCUACAGAAAAGUAUUUGAGAACUUCCUGCACAACUCCAUCUUCACACCGAGGCCGCCGGAUCGCCGCCGCCGAGAUCUCUUCGGCAUAGCCAACUCCACUCACCCCCGCCGCUACCGGCUGCACGCCAACAGCAGCACGGUCCCGCCUCCCCAAGCCACGGGUAACAACAGCAGCGGCGCAGCAGACUUGGAGCCGGCCGACAGAGAGUUUGAUUUCGUGGAGCAGGCGGUGACGGAGCGCGAGCUGCAGAUCUCCGGCCUGCAGCCGUUCACGGUGUACCGCAUCGACAUCCACGCCUGCAAUCGGCAGGUCCAGCGCUGCAGCGCCGCGGAGUUCGUCUUCUCCAGGACCAGGCCCGCAGAAAAGGCUGACGACAUCCCCGGCCCAGUCACCUGGGAGGGCAACGAGGACUCUGUGUUUCUGCGCUGGCUCGAGCCUCCUCACCCCAACGGACUCAUCCUGAUGUAUGAGAUCAAGUUUAAACUGGUUGCUGAGACUGAGAAGCACGAAUGCGUCUCUGGUCAGAUGUAUCAGACCCAGCGAGGCGUUCGGCUGUCCAACCUCGGUCCAGGAAACUACUCGGUCAGAGUGAGAGCCACGUCGCUGGCUGGUAACGGCUCGUGGACACACGCUGUGGAUCUCUACGUGGCUGAACGAUACGAAAACAUGCUCUACGCCAUGAUCUUCGUUCCUAUAGUCAUCAUCCUCCUCGUCUGUCUUUUGGUCCCAAUGCUGGUGGUCCUCAGCAGGAAAAGGAGCAGUGACCGGCUCGGAAAUGGAGUCCUGUACGCCUCGGUCAACCCCGAGUACUUCAGCGCCGCGGAAAUGUACGUACCAGACGAGUGGGAGGUGGCUCGGGAGAAGAUCGCCCUGAGCCGCGAGCUCGGCCAGGGGUCCUUCGGCAUGGUGUACGAGGGCCUGGCAAAGGGCGUGGUGAAGGACGAACCGGAGACUCACGUCGCCAUUAAGACCGUCAACGAGUCGGCCAGCAUGAGGGAGAGGAUAGAGUUUCUCAAUGAAGCCUCUGUCAUGAAGGAGUUCAACUGUCACCACGUGGUUCGUCUCCUGGGAGUGGUUUCUCAGGGCCAACCCACCCUGGUCAUCAUGGAGCUGAUGACGCGAGGGGACCUGAAGAGUUACCUGCGCUCCCUCCGCCCUAAAGAGCAACAGUGGUCCAGUCUGUCUCUGCCUCCCUUGAAGAAGAUGCUUCAGAUGGCCGGGCAGAUCGCUGACGGCAUGGCGUACCUCAACGCUAACAAGUUUGUCCACAGAGACCUGGCAGCCAGGAACUGCAUGGUGGCCGAGGACUUCACCGUUAAGAUAGGAGACUUUGGCAUGACCAGAGAUAUCUACGAGACGGAUUACUACCGCAAAGGUGGCAAGGGAUUGCUCCCUGUCCGCUGGAUGUCACCCGAGUCUCUGAAGGACGGGGUCUUCACCACCACCUCGGAUGUCUGGUCAUUCGGGGUGGUACUGUGGGAAAUCGCCACCCUGUCAGAACAGCCCUACCAGGGUCUGUCCAAUGAGCAGGUGCUCCGCUUCGUCAUGGAGGGAGGGCUGCUGGAGAAACCGCAGAACUGUCCCGACAUGCUGUUCGAGCUGAUGAGAAUGUGUUGGCAGUACAAUCCCAAGAUGCGUCCGGCCUUCGUGGAGAUCAUCAGCAGCCUGAAGGACGAGCUGGACCCGUCUUUCCGAGAGGGAAGUUUCUUCUACAGCGCCGACAACAAGUCGGCCGAAGCUGCUCAGCACCACGUGGACGAGGACAGCGUGGACGACGUCCCUCUAGACCCCGCGUCCUCCACACAGCAGACGCAGCAAACCCCAGUCAACCCCCAACAGACCCCGCCCUCCCCGAGCUCAGAGGCUCCGCCCGCCCCGUCGUUAGCGCCCAGCUCCCCUUCCUCUCCCUGCACGUCGAGCGCCGCCGUGGACAAGCAGCCCUCCGGCCAGCAGGCGGCCAACGGGCUGUCGGGGGCGGGCCUCGCGGCGGGGGCGGCGAUGCCGUCACUGGACGAACUUCCGCCGUACGCCCACAUGAACGGCGGCCGCAAAAACGAACGCGCCAUGCCGCUCCCGCAGUCCUCUGCCUGCUGAUUGGACAGAGACACCAGCCGGACUGCAACCCCUGCCAGGACCCUGACGUCUCAGCGGAUGGGAUCUCUCUCUUUUUCUCUCUCUCUCUCUCUCUCUCUUUUGCUUUCUCUUCUUUUAAAUCACAUGCAGCAAAACCACGUCCAGCAGCUGGCCGUGGUUUCUCGGUGAUGAGCAAAGACUCGAGGAAGAUGCUGUCACUAAGUGCAUGUUCUGCUGUACCUCGACACAUUUGUUUCAUGUUCUUCAAGUUUGGGUUUCUACCAGCUGGCAGUCAGACACGACGCUGCCAUUAAUGCUGCGUGGAGCAGAUCAAGUGGGAUUUUUAGUUUUUUUUUUGUACAUGUAUUUUCAACCGGGUAAAACAGGACGUGUCGGCCUUUAUAAAUGAUCGGCGUUGUGGCCGCUGUUGAGCGGGCCAUCAUGGUCGAGAUGUUAAGCAUAUCUAAUGAAGAAGCACUUGACAGAGGUCAGAGGUCUUCGUUGCUCUGCAGGCUGGGCGUAAUGCCGGGAUUCAACAGCCAAUCUGCUGAAGGGGAGAAAAGUCGAAUCUGCCAAAUUUGUUGCCAAAAUUGUACAAAAUGAUCUCUUCUUGGCCGGUAACUCUCCGGAUUGAAAAAGCACUUUGAUCUGCGACUACAUUUUUCUUAAACGAUAAUAACUUCCCUCUCCAGUCCGACACUACUCCUUUAUUGCUGUUUUUGCUCGCUGCAGCUACUCGACUCUGCAAUCAAAUUGAUCUGGAAUUGAGUCCUCUCACAAAGGGUCGUUCCGUCACGGUUAAAAAAAUAAAAACGCCAAAUUCAAUCAAUAAAGAAGAGAGGGGGGUGAAGAGAAAGAGAGAGAAGAAGUCACAUAUAAAGUCCAGAUCUAUGACGUCUCUAUCGGGGUUUGCUCCGACUUCAUAAUAACCGUUGUAUACAAACAGGUAUUUUUUUAGACUUGUCUUCAGUCUCCAACAUUUACGACAUCUCUACACGAGCACAGCAUUUAUGUACGCGUCACUUUUCUAACUUUUCUACGGUUGGAGACAUUCGUCAUGUACAAAACAAGAAGAAGCUGCUAUUCCUUAUUUCUCUUUGUGGUUGUAAUAUAGUUGAAAUAUAUAUGUGUGUGUGUGUGUGUGUGUGUG